AACCUUGGGUGAUGGUGACCAUUGGCAGCUAUGGAAAACAGAGACCUUGGUGGUCAUCCUUAAAAUAAUACCAUGCCGGAGCCCAGCUGUUCUGCCUCCUUCUCCCCUUUCAACCUGCCGGACCCUGUGGGCUUUGGGUGACCUACCGAGGAGGACCCAUCUCCCGAGGAGCAGGCAGGCCAGAAUCGGCAGAUAGCUGGUAUGAGGACUUUGCUGACUUCAGAAAGCUGAGUGUAACACCAACAGUCUUCAGUGAAAGGAAAUAUUAUCCCUCCAAGCAACUCAUACACAGACGCCCUUUGGUAGCUUUAAAUUAACCUGUUGCUCACCUGCAAAAACACGGCUAUUAUUUCUUUCAGCACACAUGGAAAAAGGAAACAAACUUUGUAACCCUGGCUAAUAAGACUGUGACUUUCUUAUCAAAAGUAGGAGGUAGGCCAAUUAUAAAAGGAUUAUUUUGUACUUAGCCUCCAGGACUUUAACUCUGGCCUGAACACUGGACAUAAAUAGAAACCAAUUUUAAUGACCGGAGAUUUUGCUACCUGUGCUCUACUAUUGUUAUUAGUUCUUUAACACUUUGGUACUUUAUUUCUUUAAAUUAGAAAUGGGUUUGUGGACUAGAAUGUGGCCCACAGAUUGGGCUGUUCUCAUGAAAUCAUGGCUUAUCUUUUCCCUGGGGUUCUACAUGCAGGUCUCCAAAACUUCGGCCUGCCCAAAAGUGUGCCGCUGUGACCGAAACUUUGUCUACUGUAAUGAGCGAAGCUUGACCUCAGUGCCUCUUGGAAUACCAGAGGGUGUAACCGUCCUCUACCUCCAUAAUAACCAAAUUAAUAAUGCUGGAUUUCCUGCAGAGUUGCACAAUGUCCAGUCUGUGCACACAGUCUACCUGUAUGGCAACCAAUUAGAUGAAUUCCCUAUGAACCUGCCCAAGAAUGUUAGGGUUCUCCACCUGCAGGAAAACAACAUUCAGACCAUUUCUCGGGCUGCCCUUGCUCAGCUUUUGAAGCUGGAAGAGCUGCACCUGGAUGACAACUCCAUCUCCACUGUUGGCGUUGAGGAUGGGGCAUUCCGGGAAGCCAUCAGCCUCAAGCUUCUGUUUUUGUCCAAGAAUCACUUAAGCAGUGUACCAGUAGGACUUCCAGUGGACUUACAGGAACUUCGAGUAGACGAAAACCGAAUUGCUGUCAUUUCAGACCUGGCCUUCCAGAAUCUUACGAGUCUGGAGCGUCUGAUUGUAGAUGGCAAUCUCCUUACUAAUAAAGGCAUAGCUGAAGGCACCUUCAGCCACCUCUCCAAGCUCAAGGAAUUCUCAAUAGUGCGGAAUUCACUGACCUAUCCUCCUCCUGAUCUUCCAGGUACACACCUGCUAAGGCUCUACUUGCAGGACAACCAGAUAACCCAUAUACCACUUACAGCCUUUUCAAACCUCCACAAGCUGGAACGUCUCGAUAUUUCCAACAAUCAACUUCGGAUGUUGGCCAAAGGAGUAUUUGAUAAUCUCCACAACCUGAGGCAACUCACUGUAAGGAAUAAUCCCUGGUUGUGUGACUGCAGUAUUAAGUGGGUCACCGAAUGGCUCAAAUUUAUUCCCUCUUCCAUCAAUGUACGGGGUUUUAUGUGCCAGGGACCAGAGCAGGUCCGAGGUAUGGCAGUCAGGGAGCUCAAUAUGAAUAUGUUGUCAUGCCCUACCACCACUCCUGGUCUGCCACUUAUCAUCACCCCAGUCCCAGCUACAGCCAUUCCAACUACAUUAGUUCCCACCUCAUCAGUUCCUCCCCCAAGCAGCAAAUAUAAUCCUCUCACUCCCACCAUAACCACACUCCCCACUGUGCCUGACAGGGAGGACAGAGAAAGGGUGACUCCUCCUAUAUCUGAACGGAUUCAACUCUCCAUCCAUUUUGUGAAUGACACCUGCAUCCAAGUUAACUGGAUGUCUCUUUUUACAGUGAUGGCAUAUAAACUGACAUGGGUUAAAAUGGGCCAUAGCCUGGUAGGAGGAAUUGUUCAGGAACGAAUAGUUAGUGGUGAGAAGCAACACCUAAGCUUGGUAAAUCUGGAGCCCAAAUCCACCUAUCGGAUUUGUUUGGUUCCACUGGAUACUUAUAACAAUUACCGAACUGGAGAAGACACUGUCUGUUCAGAAGCCACAACCAAGGCUUCCUUUUUGAGCAAUGGCAGCAACAUCCCCUCCAGCCAUGAGCAGACAACUUCUCAGAACCUGGGCUCCCCAUUUCUGCUGGCAGGGUUGAUUGGGGGUGCAGUGAUAUUUGUCCUAGUGGUCCUGCUUAGCAUUUUUUGCUGGCACAUGCACAAAAAAGGGCGUUACACUUCCCAGAAGUGGAAAUAUAACCGGGGCCGUCGGAAAGAUGACUACUGCGAGGCAGGGACCAAGAAGGACAACUCCAUCCUGGAGAUGACGGAAACCAGCUUCCAGAUUGUCUCCUUAAAUAAUGAUCAGCUCCUUAAAGGAGAUUUCAGACUGCAGCCCAUUUAUACCCCAAACGGGGGCAUUAACUACACAGACUGCCACAUCCCCAACAACAUGCGAUACUGCAACAGCAAUGUCUCAGACCUGGAGCACUGUCAUACGUGAUAGUGAGGGGAGAUGGGGGUGUCUAGGACAAAGAGAAAAAAACUGUGGAAAAAGUAACCCCCCAACAACAAUGAAAAAAUUACAUUUGAUAAAUGUUACCCAGAUGCAUUUAUGCAUUUGAAUACUCUGUAAUUUAUACGGUGUACUAUAUAAUGGGAUUUAAAAAAAGUGCUAUCUUUUCUAUUUCAAGUUAAUUGCAAAUGGUUUUGUAACUCUUUGCUUUUUAAAUCUUUAAAAAAUAUUGCUAAGUACUGUACAGGGUUGUACAAUAAGAACCCAAUGUCAUGGCAAAGGAAAGAAUGACUCAUUCUUCAAACAUUAACCACUUUGCUGUCGAAGCUGUCUGAGGGAUAUUAAGUUUCUAGGUGUCCUGUAGUACAGGAAAAUAAGUGCAUAUUAAAACAGGGUCACUAGGAAUGGACAAAAGCAAUUCAGAUAAAAUGGGUACAACCCUUCUGAUUUGAACCCAGCAGUUGCGGUUGAGCUUCAAACAGUUGGAAAUACUUCCGUUCCCCUUUGGCAGUUCUGCAUUUCCUACCUCCAACUGAGAGCUGGAGUUCUGAGUACUACCAAAAAGGCUACUUUCUUGUUUGAUUAGUUUUCUCCCAACAUACUUGGAAUAGGAAAGGUAGACAGAGCUCAGUGUCAAACUCAAAGUGACCUUGAUUCCUAUUUGCAAAAGCUACUCUGAAAAUGUCCCCAAUACUAUAUACUUUUAUGAUAGAAACUGUUCCUUCUUUUUGUUUUGAUUAAGAAACUUUAGGCAUUCUCUGACACUUCUCAGUGGGAGAUGAAGGUUAUCAGUAUGUAACAGAUAGUUGUCAUUAAGUUGUACCUCUCUUUAAUAAAGCAGCAGUUGUUGACACAGCAUGUUCAGGUACAGCCUGAAUGAGGGAAGUUCUGAGUGUUCCCAGCUCUGCAGUAUUCGUAUAGAAUUUAGAAUCUAAAACUGUAAAUUGCUGAAAGCAUGAUGCAAAAUAUGAUGCCAAUGGAAACGUUGCUAUUGACUUCUGUGGUUCAAACCCUGUUUGAUAUAGGGGUCUGAGUUACAGUCGGUAUGGAGAAAUAGGAAAGAAACCAGACAAACAAAGAGAGAAAAUAAAUAAGAAAGAUCUUUAGAAAUUGAUUUGUUAGUGAAAAGUCCUCCAGGCCUAUCAUGAGCUGAAAUAUGUUCAGCAGGGAAAAUCCUGUAUAAAUCCUACUCAGUUUUGGGGUUUUUGUGGUGUGGUUUGUUUUGGUUUUUUUUUUUUCCCGUUCGGGUGUACAGAGAUGGACAUUAACUAAGCAUUUGAUUAGCUGAGGAAUUUUAAGAACACAAGUACACACUGUUCCUCUGAAUUACCCUUCUUUUAUCUUAAGCUUUUGGAAGUUUUCCACAAUGAUCUGUGCUUUAUAAGCAGUAGGUGGGCUUAGAAUUUGCUCUUUUAUUUCCUCAAAUUCUUUAGCUGGAAUACUGAGUCCUUGAGCUUUACAUGAACUAUGCGAAACAUCAUGCUUGUAUUAAAACCAUGAUGCUGCUUUCAAAAUUAUAUAAUGUUGCAGCCACUCCAUUGACACUGCGACUGCCAAGAACUCUGGAUUUCUUGCCAGGUCAGCAGUGAAAUAUAAUUCUUCCUUUUUCUUUUUCCUUUCUUCUUUUUUUUUUUUUUUUUUCAGUUUGUUAGUUUUUUAGUAGGGCUCACUUUCUCCUGAGCUUGGGGACAAGCAAAAGUGCACAACAAAUAUAAACACAAGAGCGAGACAAAACUUUCCUGAGGGAGUAGGAAGCCAAAGAGAAAUCUUUUUCCAGUGACCAACUAGCAACAAGAAGUUGUUAGUGGAUUGGAAGUAAAGGCUGAAGCACUUUCACUGUGGAAUGCUUAAACUUUUCACUUUAUGAGGCUGCUUAUGUUGGGAGAGAGGGUUUUAAUCCUUUCCUUUGCUCAUUUCACUCAACCUGUUCUUGAAACCCAGCAGUCUAUGAGCGUGCAGUUUCUCAAAUUCAAAUCACAUUAUAACACUCAUUCUCUGCAGUGGCAAAAUGAAUCCAGUUAUGAUUGACGGCAAAGUACAAUCAUUGUAUAAGGAACCACAUCGUCCCCCAAACACCUUUUAUAAUCACAUUUUGAAAUUUCACGCUAUAUUCUGUAUAUUUGCUAUUUUCUCUAGCUAUAACAGGUAUUUUAGACAACUUGUGUGGCUACUGUAAUACUAAAGUCACUGAAAUCUUGCUGAUUAAAAGGCUGCCAUAUGAUUUCAAAUGGUGUAAUUCUAGGUAGAAAUGUCUAUGCAAAGUGUUUUUUUUUCUGUGACCUAUUUACUGAAUAUUAUCACGAGAAGGUUAAUACUUACGUUUUGUUUGUUUAAUAUGUUUUAGCUGCCAAAGCCCACAAGACAAGCAGCAAAUAGUUGUGCUUCUGCACACUUCCAUUGCAUGUUGGAGUUUGUUUGAAAUUAAGUAGAGAAAGAGAUUCCCACUGGGUGUGGUUAUAGUAUUCAAUUUCACUGAAAUAACUAGCUGUACCUUUCAUUUCAAAAGGCAUCCUUUGAAAGUACAUGCUUAGUAGAAUUUUGUACUUCAGUGACUGAUGCUGGAGGAAGUUUUACCAUCCUCAGUGAACAUCAUCUGUUCUAGGCCUCAGGAUCCCAUAGUUUCAAAAUGAGCCAGGCGCCUUAUUUGUAGCAAAUGACUUAUUCAGGGAGCUCAGCCAUACUGUAGAUGAAUAAUCCAGAAGCCCAAACUGAUAACAACAAAUGCGAUUACUGUCCUAAUAGGGUGAAAACAGAAAGCAUUGACAAACUGUUAGUUUUGAUCUCGGGUGAUGAAAGGUAUAUAUAUCUGUCUGUGAACUAUUACUCACUUAUCUAGACCAAAAAUCAAAAUUAAAUUAAAGGUAGCAUAGUUUAUGCUUCUUUUCAGGCUGAAGAAGAAUGUAUAUAUUGUUAUGGCAUACUGACAGACAUUCUUUUCUAUCAGCACACUUCUGAAAAAAAGUAACAAGCCACUUAUACCAAAAUUUGUGGGUAGAAUUGGGAGCAUUAUCUAAACAAAUUCACAGCUGUAGUGAAACGAAAGGUUGUAUGUUUCAUUUGAAGAAUGUUCCUCCCAGCUCUAAUUGUUAUCAGCUGCAAAUAAGUUAAUGCAUUUCAGCCUACAAGAGAGUUUGGGAUGUUUCAAAGAGUCAGUCACACAAACAGCUGAGGCUUCAUUUCAGGAAACGUCUAGAUAAGUACAUAAUGGGCAAUUUUCACCAGAUAAAAUCUUUGGAAAAAGAAUUAAAAAUGGACAAUGAUCUUUUGGCAAUGUAAAGUUUAGUAUCAGUAGCUUUUUCCUUGGACUUCGUAAAAAUGGGGUCAUCUUCCCUUAGUUCAAAUACGUGACCACAGAUACUAAGUAAAGGCUAAAGAGAAGUCCUAAAUGAGUGCAUAUACAACUCAUCCAAAAUGUUCACUUCCAGGUCCUGAUUUGAACAGGUUCAUUGGACCUGAGGGCAAAUUAGUGGUUUACAAACAAAAUCUCACCCAUCUUCUAUUUUAUACUUCUAAUAGCUGACAUAAACAUAUGGAAAAGAUUGGUGAGCAGAAUAAAAUAAGAGUUUAAGAAAUUAUAUUAAAGCAGUAUCACAACACUGCUGUGUCCAGUGCUUCGGUUCCUUCUGAAGACUUAUUUAUUUUCAAACAGCUCCUCAUUUUCACAGAUUCUGUCACUAUAGCAAGUGUUUCUUGCAUGUAGCUUGCUGGCAGAAAAAGACACCUGAUGAAUACAUGGACUUUUUUGUUAACAGGUUCUUAUGGGAGACAUUAUUAUUGAAUUUCUUCAUAAGAAUAUUUAGGGUUUGGGUUACUUUGGACUGAAAAGAUAUUAGCAGUUUUCCCUGUAAGCCAAUAAAGGGCUACAAUGAAUGUCACGUAAAACAGAAAAAAGAAAUAGCAUAUGCUAUUUGCUACUAGAGUAGCUGAACUAUAUUUUUCUCUCAAUUAUUUUCUCUUUUCCUGAGAGGAAAUUUUUCCCUCUGAGAAAUGUAUCGAUUUUAAUUUUGCAAGCAAAAGAACUUUAUGCAUAUUUUAUUGUUAUGGUUUUAAGGGUCUACAUAAGGCACUUUAUUAAUGACAUUGAAGCAAAAGUUCAGUCUCAGCUUUUGACAGUGAAGUGGUUAAUUUCCAUUUAAUUCUCCGUUUAUAGUACUUCUUUACCUUAAAUUAUAACAUGGAGAUGUUAAAGAUUUUUCUUUACAACGUGAGAAAAAAUGGUUUUACUUAUGACCUGUAUUUCCAGCUCAGUGGAAAAACAAAACAGAAAUGAGUGCCAAAAUCAAAAGUUACAGGCUCUGAGCCUCAUCAAAUCCUGCCUGAUGCUCUCUUCUAAACACAGAGAUAAUCCUAGGAAGCUGAUGAUCACUCUUUCCCCGAACUCUACAGAACAGGGCAUUUUGUAUCCCAGGUGAUAAUACAGGCAAUAUUGAAGCAUUUGACAUUAAACUUUUGUACAGCAUAGAGUGUCUUGCUCUUUAAAAGGACACUGGCUAGUAGUCCAUCUGGAAAACUAGUACAGAAGAGAUUUGGCAACCUUUUCUUACACUGGGGCUCUGUGGAAAUGUGCCUCAUGAGAGCUGAAUUCUGAUCCUCUCAGAAACAGAUAAGCUACUAAACAAAUUGUUAUCAUCACUUGGUCUCAAAUAUUUGAAGAUGAUCUUCCAUAAAAUUUAUUUUAACUGAGACAUGCACACUUGAUUCUGUUCUGUGUUUGGUAUACUUUCUACCUUUAACAUGGAAAAAUAGAUGGUUUGAAGUCUGCAUUAUCUGUUUUCUGCAAUCUGCCAUGUUGCACGCAUUGUUAACUUCAAAACCUCACUAUACACUAUAUAUUAUCUUGUUGACAUAUUCAGUAAAGAGUUAUUUAAAAAAAUACAACAAUCCUGCUGUAUUUAUAUGAGCAAGUUAAUUAAAAUAAGGGUGUGAAUAUCCAAAAGGGAAAACAGAAAAACAAAAAUAUCAAACUUCUGUACCUUAAUUCCUGGUAAUAUUUUCAAAUGUUCUACUGUAUGUCCACCCUCUCUUCAGAUUCUAAAAGACAAAUAUUUGCAUCUUCUGUCUCUCAAAGAGUUAAACCAUUUGUUACUUCAAUUUCUCAAAUUUAAUCUUAUCUUUAUAAGAUCAUCUCAUUUUCAUAUGCAUAUAGGAAAGCGCUGUAAAGCAAGGACAGAUUGUAUUCUGGUGUUUGCAAUUAAUAGGUACACUUAAGUAACUACACACGUCUAUAACAUAUAUAUGUGGAAGCUGUGACCCAUCAUAUACAUAGUCAUUUGAUAAAUGCAUUUGACAUUCAUCCUUGACAAUCUUAAACCUGCCUUUUACCUAUUAUUAUUUAAUCUGUUUCCUUGAAAUGAAAUGUGAUUUAUUUCCAAUUCUUUCUUCAAAAUUGUUCUUGAAUUUUCAGAACGCACAACAUUCAGACGUUGGCCUUAAUAAAUUUUUGUAUAUCUUAUACCUAACAUAUAUGGCAAUAUAUAUAGUAUAUAUAAAGAGAUGCUUUAGCUACUUAGAAAUGAAAAUUACCCCUCUUCUAGUUACAUAUACAAGAACUAAUUUUUGGUUUUGCCAGAACUUGAAAUAUUGAAUGUUACAAGCUGUGGCAUUUCAAAGCUUGGAAGUGUAAUAUUGCUAAGUGUCACAAUUCUCUAUAAAUUAUCUUAUUCUCUGUCUUAACCCUGAAUAUCAAGUAAAACUACCAAGAGCUGCUGUGCAACACAACCACAUCUAGGUCCCCCUUAAUAUGUUUCCUUGAACCUGAAAUUUCUUCUGAGCCAGAUUAGACCCUGGUAACUAAACCUGUCUGUGGCCUUACCACAGAAAGGUAGAGAAUAGAGGUAAAGUCAAUGACAAACAGUUACAAUCCUUAUAUAUUUCUGGCAAAAAUAAUGGCAUCAUCAUUUUCAAUUGAUGGUCUUGUUUUUUAUCUCUCUCAAAAAAGUUGACAAACACUGAUUACUUAAUCAGAUAAUCUUUUAAUAGAACAAAAUUACUUAGUAGACAUCAAACUUUAUAUUUACAUUUUAUAGUUCUAACCUCAGUUAUCUGGAGAUGUUCAUGCACAUGUGCAUAUGUAUAUAAAUUCCUGGGGUUGGGUAUAGAGUGUUUAGCUACAAGGAACCCCCAAACAAGCUCAUGGAGGAGUAUUUUUCAAUAUUGUUCAGUAAACAUCCUUCAAUAUUUCACUUUAAAAAGAGUUCUGUCUAAGAAGAUUUAUUGUGCCAUGUGGAGAAACUACAUUCGGUCAUUGAAGUACGAAACAAAUAUUUUAAUUCUACUUGAAGUGACAUUGUCAGUGAAGGCUCCUCAAACCAAAAAUCACUAGAACACUUCUAUUACACAGGUAGAACCUUGGUAAAUUUUUUAAACAAUAAUUUUCCCUCCUGAAACAAAUUAAUACUCUCUUAUGGUGAAAUCCUGAUCCCACUGAUUUAAACUAUAAAUCAGAAUUUUUACAGGAGUAUAUUACAAGAGUAAUAUAUAUAUAUCAGAGGAUUAUUAAAAAUAUCCAGCAUGACACAUUGUAUAAUAUGUCACACUAUGUAUCCCCAUAUGAAAUACAUCAACUGAGUAAGGCAGUAUAGAAAAUGAGGGGAGAGAGAAAUAGGUACUGAGCAACAUUGUCCAACAUAAAGCCACACAAGAUAUGGACAUUUAAAGCCACAAACAGGCUGCUGAGCAUAGCAAGAAUGUUGCUUUACACAUAAACACACAUAUUUUCUGCUUACAACUCUGUAUUUUGGUUAACAUGUGACUGCAAAAAUGCAUGUAUGAAUAUUAAAAAUUUAUAGUAUAGUUGCACUUCGGUGGGGACAUCGUAUAUAGAAUAAGAAGAAUCUUGACCCUGUGCACUGGAUCUAUUAUUUACCUUCCUCUGUAUAGAAAGGAUUCAUAUGCAGAAGGAAGUGACAAAAGAAGAAAAGUCAUGCUGAUUGCACUACCUUGUUUAAGUGUAGAAGGCCUUGAAGAAUGAAGACAGUGUAUAAACUACUACGGAAAAUCCAACUCAAAUGCAUGUGUCUUCUUACAACUUUAACAUACUCAGUCUCCGUGAUGAAUACCAAUCAGAGUGCUAAGCUGUACACGACCGUUCUUGUCAAGCACAAUUGCCAGAAAGAUUCUGUUUAAAAAGUGUAUUUCUUGAGUGAAAUCAAUAUUUCCACUCCUAUAGACUUUGAACAGGUGAUCACACAAAUAAAUAAAAUUCUUUUUGAUGGGAAUUGGAACAA